AUGCGGUUGCUCGUCCUCGUGCUUCUCGUUGUCCCGUUCAUCGAAACUGCCAAAAGGAAAUGCGAGCCUAUUACGAUACCAUUGUGCAAAGGAAUCGGCUACAACAUGACUGCAUUCCCGAAUAAUUACGGCCAUGAGAAACAAGAAGAAGCUGGGCUCGAGGUCCAUCAAUUCUAUCCUCUAGUCGAGGUCGGAUGCUUCCAACAUUUGAAAUUCUUCCUGUGCACAAUGUACACACCAAUCUGCCAGGAAAACUAUGAUCGUCCGAUUCUUCCGUGUAUGGAAUUGUGUCUGGAAGCCAAAAAAAGAUGCAGUCCGAUCAUGAGCAAAUAUGGAUUCCGUUGGCCGGAAACUCUUAAUUGUGAUGCUCUUCCAAAAAUGUCUGACCAAAUGAUUUCUGGAAACAUUUGCGCUGCUCCACCAGACACACCAAAACCAUUGAAGCCCAAGAUUCCCGAACUUGAAGGAAUGGAUAUUGAUUUCAAUCGUCCGCAAGUUGGAAUAAGUGUCGACGAACUCGAAAAUGAAUGCCAGUGCACGUGCAAUGCGCCAUUCCAAUAUUCUAUUUCUCCAAAAACAAAGAUUGGAAAUGUUUCGAAUUGUGCAUAUGCGUGCCACUCGCCAGCUCUUGAUAACAACAAGGGAUUGAUCAAUAAUUGGAUGGCGUUCUGGUCGAUCACAUGCUGUGUUCUGUCCACCUUCACAUUCCUCACGUUUCUCAUUGAAACUGAUCGAUUCCAAUAUCCAGAACGACCAAUCUUUAUGCUCGCAUUUUGUCAAUUGAUGGUCGCUAUUGGAUUCAUGAUUCGAUAUUUCGUCGGCCACGACCAAAUCGCUUGUGAUGCGAUGAAAAUUAAAGGACACGACGACAAUUCUGGCUCACUCUGCUUUUUGGUCUUCCUUCUCACAUAUUUCUUUGGAAUGGCGGCUUCGGUUUGGUGGGUGAUUCUUUCACUCACUUGGGUUCUCGCUGCUGCUUCGAAAUGGUCUUCGGAAGCGAUCGCCUCGUAUUCAUUCCAUUUCCAUAUUCUUGGAUGGGGAGUUCCGACUGCUCAAACAGUUCUUGUGCUCAUUUUCAAUGCAAUCGACGGCGAUCCAAUCACCGGAAUCUGCUAUGUCGGUAAUACCGACAUCGACUUUCAACGCUAUUUCGUUCUUGCUCCGCUCGUGGUCUACUUCAUUCUAGGAGUUAUGUUUCUAAUGAUCGGAUUCUUCAAUCUAUGGAGCAUUCGCAAUGAGGUUCAAAAGCAGCACCCGAGUCUGGAUAAUGCUCAUAAGCUCACACAACUUAUGUCAAAGAUUGGAAUCUUCUCCCUUCUGUAUACAAUCCCGUCUCUUCUUAUAAUUUGCGUUCUGUUCUACGAGCAAAACCAUAGGCCGAUGUGGGAACAAGCCCAGCUGUGCUCAUGCUUCCCCAGACAAACAAUCGGAGACUCGUCAUUGGUCACUGCUCUUCUGAAGACAUGCUGUAUGUGCAUCGUCGGAUGGACUUCCGGAUUCUGGGUGUGCAGCACAAAGACGCUGUCCUCUUGGAAGAAUGCGAUCUGUUGCCUCGGAAAUAGCCGAGCGACCGCAAAAUAUCAGCCAGCAGACAUUCUUUAUGCUAAAUCUGACAUGUCUUCUCCGCAAUUCUACAACACAAAUCUCCGACAUAAUCAUCAAUAUGGCGGAAUUCCAGAUAAAUUAUAA